AGGGCGGACCCAGUUUGUAUAACUAUCAGGAAAUAGACGCGCAUUCAAUUCACAUAUUGUUGAUGAAGAUUACUCGUUGAUCAAAUGAAACUAGUAACUAGAAUGGGUGCUGUAGUUCUGGUGCUAUUUACAAUCGGUGCUUUUAUCAGUCCAGUUCGAUCUCUGGAUAAUGGUCUCGCGCUCAAGCCUACAAUGGGUUGGCUGCAUUGGGAGAGAUUCAUGUGCAAUGUCGACUGUGACACGGACCCCAAUAAUUGCAUCAGGUAUGAUAUCUAGCUUCACCCUCAACUCUACACGUAAAUUAAAAAAACUCAACACGUAAAUUAAAAUGUUCCAGACUCAAUCAAACAUUGAAGGCAAAGGAAAUAAAAUGGACAACUCUAAACUAGCUUAGACCAUUUUGAUUUCAGCUCAAUUCAAACUCAUAGCAGGAAAUAGAGUAACUGUAGGCAGUAAUGUGAGUGGGGUGAUUCUACAUUCAUCAGGUAUAAAUGGCCUCUCAUGUUCACUAUUACUUCAUUGGCACAUUGAAGCAUAGUUAAUAUGACAAUAUGAACUGGCUAAUAGUUUCCUCUGUCUGUCCCUGACCUCUGUGCUGCUAGUGAGAAUCUCUACAUGCAGAUGGCAGAUGUGAUGGUGACUGAAGGCUGGAAGGAGGCUGGCUACGAGUAUGUCUGCAUCGACGACUGUUGGCCCAGCCACCAACGUGAUGCCAAGGGACGCCUUCAGGCAGACCCGAAGCGGUUCCCCAGAGGCAUCAAGAAACUGGCCGACUAUGUGAGUGUAUAGCCUACAGCGAGGACGUGCUCAUUAGGGCACACAUGUAGAAAAACGUUUUGCAAUGGAAAACUAAAACAAUAAUUUCUUAUUGGGCCAUUUUCUUUGGUUUCAUGUCUGAAGAUGAACCAGUUGUUGAGGGACAACUUAUAUUAUCCACAUACAGUUGGUGAUGCACUGCUUAUGUCAGAUCUAACUCCAAUGUAGCCAAGUUCCCAGUGCUUUUCUAUCACACACUCUGUGUCACUUUAACACAACAAACAGAAACAUGUUCUUCCUCCAGUGAUAACCUACCCAAUGAGACUGUAAGGUUAUGUAGUUUACUAAUUAGAUCAUCCACCUUGCUAAGAGUGCCACAUAACUAUGGGCAAACAGAAAGGGAAUAUUGCUGUUACCAUGGUGCUAAACUACCAAAGGUUUCAAAACCCUCUGAUGAAGCUCCAUGAAAAUGUUUUUUUGGUAAAACAACACCACCAUCUACUGGUUUCAACUGUAUGGGUCCACUUUGUUCAGGGAUGUUGGCCUACAUGACAAACCUGUUCUAAAAGCCUAUAUAUUAUAAGAUUGUUAUUUGUUAUUGUUUAUACAGGUCCAUUCCAAGGGUCUCAAGUUGGGGAUCUAUGCUGAUUUGGGAACCUUAACAUGUGGAGGCUUUCCAGGGAGCCUGGGAUACUACGACAUCGACGCUCAGACCUUUGCUGAUUGGGGUGUGGAUCUGCUCAAAUUUGAUGGGUGCUACAUGAAGUGGACUUUACUGGGAGAAGGUGAUUUACAUAUUAAUUGUCUUGCUACAAAACUACUAAUUCAACAGCUCAUAAAAUUAUUUCAGAUUAAAUUACGUGUAAUUAAUUAAAUUAGAAUGAUUAAUUGGUAACACCUGAAACCCUAUAAUUACUGUUGUGUGUGAUGUUUUUCCCAGGUUACACAAACAUGUCAAUAGCACUGAACCAAACUGGGAGAAGUAUCCUGUACUCCUGUGAGUGGCCACUGUAUGAGUGGUCGUACCAUCAGGUAAGAAAGAGCGAGGUGGUAAAUGCCUUUAUUCAUAGCAUUCCUUCAUUUUGUUAGCUAAUAAAAUUGCUAAAUAUACCAGGCGCUGAAUUGAUUUCAUAUUAGUCAGGAGGACCCAUUCAUUAUUCAUUUUACAUUGAUUAAUGUGUCCCACCAUGUCAAUUAUGUACUCACAGCCAGACUAUGCUGCCAUAAGGAAGGCCUGUAACCACUGGCGCAACUAUGCAGAUGUGUAUGACUCCUGGGACAGUGUGAAGACCAUCUUGGACUGGACUGCCGACCAUCAGGACGUCAUUGUCCCAGCGGCUGGGCCUGGGGGCUGGAAUGACCCUGACAUGGUACUGUGGCUAUUCCACUUUUCACUAUGGGCUAUGGAUAAAGGGUUGGGGUCAAUUCAUUCCAUUGUUUUCUAUGGGGAAUGUUCAAGUGAACUUCCUGAGUUGACCAAUCCAAUCCUGCUGCUCAGUUGAUGGCAUUCAGAGAAACUGUAAAACUCCUCAUCUUACUCACACCAGCUGUUCCUGCCAUAACCCAUGUACUUUGUCUGAAUAGUAUCUCUGACUGACAUUGACGGUGUUCCUUCCUCAGCUGGUGAUUGGAAACUUUGGCCUGAGUCACGCCCAACAGGAGUCUCAGAUGGCAUUGUGGGCCAUCAUGGCCGCCCCCCUGCUGAUGUCCAACGACCUGAGGGACAUCUGCCCCCGGUCCAAGCAGCUGCUGCAGAACACAAGGAUCAUCGCCAUCAGUCAGGACCCACUGGGCAGGCAGGGCUAUCGCACCGCCAAGGUAUUACACCUCUGUUCUGUCACUCACUGGGGAUAUUUAAUGGUAAUGCACAAUGGAGAAUAGUAAAACCGCAACACAUAAAACAAAAUAUUAAAUAAAAUAAAUAUGCCAUUUAGCAGACGCUUUUAUCCAAAGCGACUUACAGUCAUGCGUGCAUACAUUUUUGUGUAUGGGUGGUCCCGGGGAUCGAAGCCACUACCUUGGCGUUACAAGCGCCGUGCUCUACCAGCUGAGCUUAUAAAUGUGACUACUCGGUGCUAAUGCAGUUCAAUACAACUACACUGAACAAAAAUAUAAACGCAACAUGUAUAGUGUUGGUUUCAUGAGCUGAAAUAAAAGAUCCCAGAAAUUGUCCAUAUGCACAAAAAGCAAAUUUCUCUAAAAUGUUGUGCACAAAUAUGUUUAUAUCCCUGUUAGUGAGCAUUUCUCCUUUGCCAAUAUCAUCCAUCCACCUGAAAGGUGUGGCAUAUCAAUAAGCUGAUUAAACAGCAUGAUCAUUACACAGGUGCACCUUGUGCAGGGGACAAUAAAAGACCACUCUAAAAUGUUUUGUCACACAACACAAUGCCAUAGAUGUCUCAAGUUUUGAGGGAGCGUGCAAUUGGCAUGCUGACUGCAGGAAUGUCCCCCAGAGCUGUUGCCAGAGAAUUUUAUAUUCAUUUCUCUACCAUAAGCUGCCUCCAACGUCGUUUUAGAGAAUUUGGCAGUAAAUCCAACCGGCCUCACGACUGCAGAUCAAAUCAAAUCGAAUGUUAUUUGCCACAUGCGCCGAAUACAACAAGUGUAGACAUUACAGUGAAAUGCUUACUUACAAGCCCUUAACCAACAAUGCAGUUUAAGAAAAAAAUAAAAAUAGCAAAUAAUUAAAGAGCAGCAGUAAAGUAAAAUAACAGUAGGGAGGCUAUAUACAGGGGGUAUCGGUACAGAGUCAAUGUGCGGGGGCACCGGUUAGUCGAGGUAAUUGAGGUAAUAUGUACAUGUGGGUAGAGUUAAAGUGACUAUGCAUAGAUAAUAAUCAGAGUAGCAGCAGCGUAAAAGAGGGGGAGGGGGAAUGCAAAUAUUCCGGGGAGCCAUGAUUAGCUGUUCAGGAAUAUUAUGGCUUGGGGGUAGAAGCUGUUAAGAAGCCUUGGCGCUCCGGUACGCUUUCCGUGCAGUAGCAGGGAGAACAGUCUAUGACUAGGGUGGCUGGAGUCUUUGAUAAUUUUUAGGGCCUUCCUCUGACACCGCCUGGUACAGAGGUCCUGGAUGGCAGGAAGCUUGGCCCCAGUGAUAUACUGGGCUGUACGCACUACCCUCUGUAGUGCCUUGCGGUCGGAGGCCGAGCAGUUGCCAUACCAGGUGGUGAUGCAACCAGUCAGGAUGCUCUCGAUGGUGCAGCUGUAGACCUUUUUGAGGAUCUGAGGACCCAUGCCAAAUCUUUUCAGUCUCCUGAGGGGGAAUAGGCUUUGUCGUACCCUCUUCACAACUGUCUUGGUGUGUUUGGACCAUGAUCGUUUGUUGGUUAUGUGGACACCAAGGAACUUGAAGCUCUCAACCUGUUCCACUACAGCCCCGUCGAUGAGAAUGGGGGUGUGCUCAGUCCUCUUUUUUUCCCUGUAGUCCACAAUCAUCUCUUUUGUCUUGAUCACGUUGAGGGAGAGGUUGUGGUUGACCAUGUGUAACCACGCCAGCCCAGGACCUCCACAUCUGGCUUCUUCGCCUGCGGGAUCGUCUGAGACCAGCCACUCGGACAGCUGAUGAAACUGGGUUUUCACAACCGAAGAAUUUCUGCACAAACUGUCAGAAACAGUCUCAGGGAAGCUCAUCUGCGUGCUUGUUUUCUUCACCAGGGUCUUGACCUGACUGCAGUUCGGCAUCGUAACCGACUUCAGUGGGCAAAUGCUCACCUUCGAUGGCCACUGGCACGCUGGAGAAGUGUGCUCUUCACGGUUUCAACUGUACCGGGCAGAUGGCAGACCGCGUGUAUGGCGUUUGCUGAUGUCAACGUUGUGAACAGAGUGCCCCAUGAUGGCGGUGGGGUUAUGGUAUGGGCAGGCAUAAGCUACCGACAACGAACACAAUUGCAUUUUAUCGAUUGCAAUUUAAAUGCACAGAGAUACCGUGACGAGAUCCUGAGACCCAUUGUCGUGCCAUUCAUCCGCCGCCAUCACCUCAUGUUUCAGCAUGAUAAUGUACAGCCCCAUGUCGCAAGGACCUGUACAUAAUUCCUAGAAGCUGAAAAUGUCCCAGAUCUUCCAUGGCCUGCAUACUCACCAGACAUCUCACCCAUUGAGCAUGUUUGGGAUGCUCUGGAUUGACGUGUACGACAGCGUGUUCCAGUUCCCGUCAACUCUAUUUGAAGGAGAUGUGUCGAGCUGCAUGAGGCAAAUGGUAGUCACACCAGAUACUGACUGGUUUUCUGAUCCACGCCCCUACAUUUAUUUAAAGGUAUCUGUGACCAACAGAUGCAUAUCUGUAUUCCCAGUCAUGUGAAAUCCAUAAUUUAGGGCCUAAUGUAUUUAUUUCAAUUUACUGAUUUCCUUUAUAUGAACUGUAACACAGUAAAAUCUGUGAAAUUGUUGCUUUUUAUAUUUUUGUUCAGUGUAAUAAUGGUCAAAUACCCAUAUGCAGCUACACUAUAUCACAGGGCCUAAUCAAACUCAGAAAGCAUGAAACUCCCAAGAAGCAUGAAACUCCCAAGAAAUUACAUCAAACAUCAUGCAUUCACUAAAGUGCCAACUCCAAAACCACAUGGGAUUCAUCUGUAGCCACAUAAAAUAUGUCCUUUCCCCCUCAAUGAUCAACACCACCGAUGCUGCCAAAAGCUAAACACCUAUAGACGAGUUGGUUGUUUAACAACACAACCGUCGCGUGCGCAACUAUGGGGCAAUACAGACGGGGUUGGCUUCGACUGUUGACAUAAACUAUAUUUAGUCUGUGUUCAUUGAAAACAUAAAUACAUCUGUACAAUUAGCACUUGGCUCUCAAAUACAUCGUUAGUUGUUUAGCUAACUAGCGAGUUUUUGCCAUAUUAGCAUAGACAUGACAUCGAUUCGCAAAGUGGCCAGCCAACCCGUCUUGAGACCAUUCUGAGUUAUCUCUUUGUAUAUACCCCCACCUACUGGCCAUAUGCAAGACUUAUCAUUUGUAAGCAGGUUGUAAAGUAAAAUGUACAAAUGCAAGUUUGCAAUGUCGUGGCUCUGUAGCUUAUGUUGUGGUAGUGUGUACGCUAGACAGUUCACCCUAUUAUAUAAUCUGAAAUCAGUCUGUGGAAACUAACCUGACUGUUGAUUGACAGGUGGACAGUUUCGAGGUGUGGGAGAGACCCCUGUCUGGUGGCCGGUUGGCUCUAGCGGUGAUGAACAAGCAGGAGAUGGGCGGUCCCCGAGGCUUCCCCCUCACCCUGGCCACGCUGCCGAGCUGGAAGAUCUGCCACCCCCAGUGUAAUGUCACCCAGGUCCUGCCCAGCUACAAUGAGCUGGGGGUCCAGACCCUCCUCAGUAAACUGGUGGUGGUGGUCAACCCUUCUGGCACAGCACUUCUGACUGUCACUCCCAUUUAAGGGUGACUUCAAGACCCAAUGGCAAAUAUGGAAGGACAUACCCAACGUGAACACACAAACAGUUAUUUAGUAUGGUAUAGCUAGCAGACAAGGAUAUGGGCCCUGGCCCUCGCCCAGCACUGAUUUGAAAUGCACAGGAUGUAUGAGCACUUUAAAUUCACAACAAGUUACAUUGCUUAUUGUGAUUAUUCUAGAUGGUGAUUAUUCUAGAUGGUGUGCUUAUUUGCCAAAGCGCCAUGUACAUGCUCACCCUUUGAAUAGGUUAUUUAGUUGGUGUGCUGCCCUUGAAUGAUUUAAACAGAGGGUUUCUUCAUCUUUAUUUUAAGUAUGGAAUGCGUUAGUAAUUGUCCAUGUUUUGUAUGCCAAUUGUUCUGGUCACAAAAAUAUUUGCUGGAUGGCAGACACCUGAAUGUUAAGAUAUCAAAUUUAUCAGCAGUACUGUAACAAUUUUUCCUGAUUGAAAGAAAAAUGGUACUUUGGUACAAUCAUGUCUUCAUAUGUUAACAUUAAUUAAAGGGGCAAUCUGGAAUUCA